AUGGCGAGUAAUAGAAAAUUGACUCGAGGGAGGCAAAAAAUAGAGAUGAAAAAGGUUGAGAAUGAUGAUGAUCGAAUGGUAACAUUCUCCAAACGAAGGUCUGGGAUAUACAAGAAGGCUAGCGAGCUCGUGACCAUGUGUGGUGCAGAAGUUGGGGUGGUCAUUUUCUCUCCGUCUGGGAAGCCAUUUUCGUUUGGUCACCCCUCAAUCGAAUCCAUAAUGAACAAAUUCCUCAAACAAAAUGGGGCCCCAAUUACAGAUAACAGGCUCCAGGCCAUAUUUGAUGCUCACUGUAGGAUGAGAAUGGAGCAACAAAGUGAUGGCUACAACGAAUUGCUCGAGCAGUUGGAUGCCGAGAAGGACAGAGGGAUGGCUCUAAAGCGGAUAACUCGAGCAACGAGAGAGGGUAACCCCAAGAACGGGGAGCUCGGAUGGUGGGAGCGAUCCCUUGAUGAGCUCACCCUACCUGAACUCAAGGAAGCAGCCUCGGCUAUGGAGGCAUUUCACAAGGACUUAUGCAACUACCUUAACCAUUCAAAGGAUCUAACUGCCUCUAUGCCUGAGGUCCCAAUGCCAAGCCGCGACCCUACAACAGCUGAAGUUGAAACUCAUCAUUUUGGCCGUUUGGGGUAA